AUGCGGGGACUGCUGAUUUUGAGUGUUCUGCUGGGGGCUGUCCUUGGCAAAGAGGACUUUGUUGGGCACCAGGUGCUCCGAAUCUCUGUGGCUGAUGAAGCUCAGGUACAGACGGUGACGGAGCUGGAGGACCUGGAGCAUCUGCAGCUGGACUUCUGGCGGGGCCCUGCCCGGCCAGGGUUCCCCAUCGACGUCCGAGUGCCCUUCUCCAGCAUCCAGGCUGUCAAAGUCUUCCUGGAGGCCCAUGGCAUCAGAUACAGAAUCAUGAUCGAGGACGUGCAGUCGUUGCUGGACGAGGAGCAGGAGCAGAUGCUUGCCUCCCAGUCUCGGGCCCGCUCCACCAGUACCUUUAACUAUGACACCUACCACACCCUGGAGGAGAUCUAUGAUUUCAUGGACUUACUGGUGGCCGAGAACCCACAGCUUGUCAGCAAGCUCCAGAUCGGCAACAGCUAUGAAGGUCGUCCCAUCUACGUGCUAAAGUUCAGCACUGGGGGAAGCAACCGUCCAGCCAUCUGGAUUGACACGGGCAUCCAUUCCCGGGAGUGGAUCACCCAGGCCAGUGGGGUCUGGUUUGCAAAGAAGAUCACAGAAGACUAUGGCCAGGAUGCAGCUUUCACCGCCAUUCUUGACAACAUGGAUAUCUUCCUGGAGAUUGUCACCAACCCUGAUGGUUUUGCCUAUACCCACAGCAAGAAUCGAUUGUGGCGCAAGACUCGAUCCCUCACAUCGGGCUCCUUCUGUGUUGGCGUGGAUGCCAAUAGGAACUGGGAUGCUGGCUUUGGGAUGUCGGGAGCCAGCAGCAGCCCCUGCUCUGAGACUUACCAUGGCAAGUCUGCUAAUUCUGAAGUGGAGGUCAAGUCCGUCGUGGACUUUGUGAACGACCAUGGGAACAUCAAGGCCUUCCUCUCCAUCCACAGCUACUCCCAGCUCCUCCUCUAUCCCUAUGGCUACAAAACAGAAUCACCCUCUGACAAGGAUGAGCUGGAUCAGGUGGCUAAGUCUGCUGUUGCCGCCCUGAGCUCUCUGUAUGGGACUGAGUACAAGUACGGCAGCAUCAUCACAACCAUCUACCAAGCCAGUGGAGGCUCCAUUGACUGGACCUACAACCAGGGCAUCAAGUACUCCUUCACCUUUGAGCUCCGGGACACCGGGCGCUACGGCUUCCUGCUGCCGGCCUCCCAGAUCAUCCCCACGGCCCAGGAGACGUGGCUGGCACUUCUGACCAUCAUGGAGCACACGCUGAAUAACCCCUACUGACCUGGUCCUUCAGCGCUCUUCUCCUCCUCCUCUCCAGCCCCACACGGGCAACCAAAUAAAGUUUGAGUGUACGUGGAA